AUGGAUAACCAUCCGAGCGAGACAUCUUACCCGAGUCCUCCUGCGUCUAUCCAUAGUCCUGACUCCAGAGUGGUGGAAUCUGGGUCUAUGGAGGACGGGAGUCCUCUGGAAAACGGCCAAACUACGCAGUCUCCAGAUCAUACCUCUGUGCAAGAUAGCAGUUCACUACAAAAGCCAGGUGCUUCGACACACCCAGGAGCACAAUCACCUCUACCAAAAAGGAAACCUCGUAGCAUGGCCUUCUCUCGAGGCAGCGGCUCAGAUUGCGACGACGACGAAUCUUCUACUAAACGGCAACGUCAUGAAUGCGAAGAACCGCGAAACCAGUGCCUAGGAUGUCCCUUCUAUAAAAGAGAUCCUCUCAAGUACCAAGUUUGCCUGAGUUAUCAGCUCCGGCGGAUCAAAGACGUCAAGCAGCACCUCCACCGGAAGCAUAGCAAGCCCGAAUUCUACUGCUCCCGGUGCUUCCAAGUCUUUUCUACCGCCUCUGAUCGCGACGUGCACACUCGGCCGGCGAGUUGCCAGAUGUGUACCGACCCGCAGUAUGACGGGAUCACCGAACAGCAGAAGAAAGCCCUUACAAUGUACGUCAACCGGAGUAAGCGCCUGGAAGACCAGUGGUACGAGACGUUCGACAUCAUUUUCCCCGGCGAGGCCAAGCCUGAAUCCGUUUUCGUAGGCAACUACUUUGAGGAGGUGACACCGCUGCUUCGCGCACUCUGGAACACACGGCGGUCCGGGAUCAUCGGCCACUUCAAUUGUGUCGACCAGAGAAGCAUCAGCGCUAUCAUGAACACCGUCUUUGAUCAAUUUGCGGAGUCAAUAGAUAGCACUGCUUCCGAACAGGGCUCGUCAUCGAAUACGGGACUGGACGCGCAGAGCAUGGAAACGUCGCGCGUGAGCCGCAGGAAUUCAUUUCAAUUGCCUGAUUCGGGACCGCAAUUUGCGCCUGACGAGGUUGUUGGAGAGGUGCUUGGUCAAUUUAGUCCCGAAGAAGCGUUUUAUUUUAGUUCACCCUUUGAUAUGAACACUCAAUUUGACUCUCUUUUCCAGAGUUAUUAG